AUGACAACUCCUCCCCGAGUUUACUGGAAAAAUGCCGACAGACUCGUGCGAGCCGAAACUCAAAAGGAGAUUGACAGGUGGUUCUGGAAGUACAAAGUGAACUUCAACGACCCCACCCGAUUCGCUACUGUUCUCUACAAACUCAAUGCAAAAGUCAGAGCUCUCGAAGAUCUCGACACUAGGCCCAAAUAUCAAGUGAGACUGAGUUACAUUGAUUUAACUACCAUCCGUGGGUCCAAGGCACUUACGGAAAUUCUCAGAGAGAUUGCUGGGCUAAGAAGCCAUAGACAUCGCAUGGAUGCUCUGAGCAUCCUCCAUGAAGUUUAUAGACGAACUGCAGGAGAGGAACCCCACAAUAUAAGGCCAACUCCACUGAAUCCAGGUUCCAUACCAACGCCUAGAGCCCCUGAUGAGCUAAAAAGACCACUGAAUGAGUAUGAAAUUGCUCGUAGAAGGCCAGUAACUGCUGAAGAGAUAGCAAGCACUAUGCCAGAGUGGGAUAUGCAUGAUCCUCUACCUGGGCCAUGGAUCAGGGAAAAGACCAAUAAACUACCACCACCAGAUAGAGGGAUGCGGAAUAGAGAAUUGCAGGAAACCUUAUCAACUCAGUUUGCCAAUGAUCCUAACGCUAGAGCUAGCAUCGUGAACUUCCUAAGCACAGGAGCUCUGAAUCCAGGGCGCGUCCAGAGGAAAUAUCUCGACAAUCCUGCUGAGAUAUUACAUGAUAUGCCACACCAAGAUAGAGUUCCGAUUAUCAGUAGCCCAAUAUUACCAGGUGAAAGUGGGGAGACUCCAGAGGAAAUAAUUGCUGGGCAAUACGACAUCAACAAUGAUGAGGAAUACUGGCCAACGCUAGAUGUUCUUGAUCUAAGAAGAGGCUCAGAGGAUUCUUGCGGCUAUCUAGAGGAAUCGGACUAUAUAUAUCAGCUCGUUGCGCUGGUAAGACGGGUUCUCAGUCAACCAGAGGUUGCAAGACAUUAUGUAUGGAUCUGCCGUGCGCAUCCUUCUAGAUAUCAAAACGAUACCGAGGACCGGUUCGAAGAUGAGGGCCCACCAACCGCCGAAGAAGUGGCAUGUAUAAUGGCUCUCCUUAGAAUGACAUUUCCAGAGAUCGUUAUAUCGCCAACAAAACACACACUACGGGAUGACAUUGACACGUCGAUGUCUGACUCGGAAGAUACAUUUGAAAACAAUGAGUCUUCAAGGCUUGAAACUAAUUCAUCUGCGAGCGUGAGGGAAUCAGAUGAUUCUUCGUAUAAUCCCAAUGAUUAUUCAGAUGACGACGAGGAUGAGGAUUAUUUGCCUACACCCCCCAGAGAGACAAACCACAGAUCUGGGAAAAGAGCAAGGCGGGGGAUACGAAGAAAAGGUGGGAUAGAACCAGGACUAGAGGGACCUGAAACAAUGCGCGAGUAUGCCUAUCACAACAGGUUUACAAAUCCCACCCAAGUGAAAUUAAAUGGAGUCCUUUUCGAUAUGAUUGAAAACAUGUACUACGAAAGACGACCCAUUGGGCAUAUAUUUUAUCUUAUCUUUGUUGUGUUAUCUCAUGAACUAGCCCAUUAUCUUAAUACUUGUAUAUGGAUCAGAGAACAGGAGAGAUUACAGCUGGAUCUGACAGAUAAUGGUAAUAACGACACUUGGUAUAAACUUCUAGACACGCCAAGAGGUAUGCGUUGGCUCGUCUCAAAUGCAACUGCAGAAUUGACAGAAUCCGAUAACUACAGUAGAUGGGCCUUCCGAGUAGGUGAGAUGGGUGAGGUUAUCGAAUGGUCACUUUACAACUACAUAAUGGAAUCCGAGAUGUCAAGAACAGAUCUAUCAAAGAAUGAAGCCCUAUAUAUAACAUGUUGGGGUUCCUACCCCUUUAUCUCGGCACGAUUUCCGGAAUUAUCGCAACUUGAAUUCACCGCCUUUGCUGGAACUCAAUUGUUUCGAACCCUUCCACCUAUACGUAUGGUGUCCUAUGACGCUAUUCAAACCUUCAUCAAUCAAAUGGCAGCUGCAGAAGAGCUAUUUAACACGGCGUCCCCUGAUACUGAUAUGCGGUCGCAGCUCACCUAUAGCAUGCAAGAGCUUUUGCAGAGAGAUAACUCAGUCGACAUUGAGAUGUCAGAUCCAGAUGCACUGUUCACCGGAUACGACCUUGGAGGGGCUCUCAAACGAAAGAGAUAUCGUAGAGCCACCCAGGCAAUCCGCUGGCAACAAUGGGAAGCUCAAUUUGAUCCAACACCUAGGCUUACACUUUUCCCAGUCAGAAAAUCAAGUAUUGUUUAUGGCAACCGACCUCCACUCAUUCCACCGGGCGGGCUACCGGGGAGGAUAAUAAGGCCAUCGCUUCUUGGUUACCCCAUCGUAAUUGGUACUCUAAGCGCUAUAUUGAUCUACGACUAUCCUUACCCAGGCACCUGGGCCAUACGUCUCAACACUCCCAUGGAAAACCCUGUGACAGAAAUAGCCCCCAUAAUAACCGCCCUCACCACCUCUCCACCCAUACACCAACGUCAUGUACUUGAAACCUAUUUCCUCCCCGAUAGCUCCUUCGACCACCCCCUCUACCGUGUCCACCACUGCCAAAACUCCUUCUUCACCUCCCGAUUUCUGAUACUGGCUAUAUACCGAUGUUAUAAAGUCCUAUCACCAAACAUACAGAUUAAUGUGAACAGCGUUGCCUUCGAUGAGCCCAAAGGUAAGCUCUACGUAGACAGUAUGCAGGUCUUCACAUUCUGGUUCACCCCGUGGCACCACAUCGUCGUCUCUCUCGUCAGCGUCUUAGAUCUCGAGAAGCGUCUAGUGGUGCCUAGACAAGGCGAACAGCAACCGGAAGAGGGGGAAGAAAAAUGGUAUAUAGCGCGGCAGAACGACCUCUACCAGACCGACCAAUGGAUUGCCUUUCUACCAUUCUUAUUUCCGGGGGCUAGGACAAUUGUUGGGAUAGUGAAAGAUUUGGCGGCGCUGGCCUGUUUGAUUGGUGCUACUUUGGCAGCUUUGAUGGGGGUUGUUGGGGAGUGCGGGGUGGAGGAAAUGUGUGAGCAGUGCAGACAUGUUGGAAGAGCUGGUAGGCAGUCGAGGGAUAAAAGGCUCGAAGAUAGGACUCAGGCUGUUAUUCUUGAGGAGGAUAAAGAACUGGCGGAGCUUGAUGAUUAG